CAGCCACGGGCGUCGGGGCAAGAGUCGCGGGCGUACCUGGGUGCCGCCGCUGCCACCGCCGCCACCGCCCACGCCAGCCUCGCUAGCCCCGCCCGGGUCCUGCCUGCCGUGACCCACCCCCCGGGCCUGGUGACCUGCCCCCUGCCCCGCCCUGCCGCCCGCCGCCCGCCGGGCCUCAGCGGGGCGGCGGCCAGUCGUGUCUUGGUGCUGCCGCUGGAGGGUCGCCCCGCGCUGCCACACUGCUGCUGCUGCUGCUGCUGCUGCUGGUGUUGCUGCUGCGGCCCAGUGACAUUUGGUGCAGUGUUCCCGCCGUGACAGUGCCGGGCCAGCAGUGCCAGCGUGUGUGUGUGUGUGCGUGUGCGUGCCGUUGGGCGCGAGGUGACAGUGGUGACGGGGUGACAGUGUAACAGUGCGAGGCGCGGCGCGGCGGCCAGGACGGUCACGCUGACGGGGGCGCUGACGGCGGCGACGGUGUGACUCCCUCAGCCGGGCAGCAGAUGUUCCCUGCAGGAGGCGGCGGCGGCGGCGGCGGCGGCAUGGCGUGGGGGGCGGUAGUAGGAGUGUGGGCGGGGUGAGUGCGUCCGAGCCGUGACGCCCGCACCCGCCGCGCCCCCCAGCCAUGCCGGGGGGCAGGAGGGGGCUCGUUGCCCCCCAGAACACCUUCCUGGAGAACAUCAUUCGCAGGUCAUCCUCUCAACCUGACUCCAGUUUCCUCCUGGCAAACGCGCAGAUCGUCGACUACCCCAUCGUGUAUUGCAACGAGUCCUUCUGUAAGAUCGCCGGCUACAACAGGGCCGAGGUGAUGCAGAAGUCAUGCCGUUGCAGCUUCAUGUACGGGGAGCUCACGGACAAGGAGACCAUCUCGCGCAUAGAGCAGUGCCUCGAGAACCAACAGCAGGACCAGUUCGAGAUUCUGCUCUACAAGAAGAACCACAGCGGAUUGCCAGGGACCCCACUAUGGCUUCUCCUCCACAUCGCCCCCAUCAAGAACGAGAAGGACAUCGUGGUGCUCUUCCUAUGCACCUUCAGAGACAUCACCGCCCUCAAGCAGCCCAUCGAAGCGGAGGACUCAAGAGCCUCGGACAGCACGGAGAGCUCUGGGGGAAGGCUGCCCACCAAAACGGGCCUCAGCAAGUUCGCCAAGCUGGCCCGCUCCGUCACCCGCAGCCGCUCGGUGCUGGUGACACAGUUCUCCUCGCACCUUCCCGCCAUGAAGGACGUGGCCAAGCAGUCCAACAUCACCCAUAUGAUGAGCCUGAACAGCGAUGUCAUGCCCCAGUACCGCCAGGAGGCACCGAAGACCCCGCCGCACAUCCUCCUCCACUACUGUGCCUUCAAGGCCAUCUGGGACUGGGUGAUCCUGUUCCUCACCUUCUACACGGCCAUCAUGGUGCCCUACAACGUGGCCUUCAAGUACAAGACCUCGGAGGACGUGUCGCUGCUGGUGGUGGACUCGAUCGUGGACGUGAUCUUCUUCAUCGAUAUCGUGCUCAACUUCCACACGACCUUCGUUGGGCCCGGCGGCGAGGUGGUGUCUGACCCUAAGAUAAUACGAAUGAACUAUCUCAAAUCGUGGUUUCUGAUAGACCUCUUGUCGUGCCUCCCUUACGAUGUUUUCAACGCCUUUGACCACGAUGAAGAUGGCAUCGGAUCCCUCUUCUCAGCCCUCAAGGUGGUUCGACUCCUAAGGUUAGGGCGAGUGGUGCGCAAGCUGGACCGCUACCUCGAGUACGGCGCCGCCAUGCUUGUGUUGCUCUUGUGUUUCUACAUGCUGGUGGCGCACUGGCUCGCCUGCAUCUGGUAUAGUAUAGGCAAGAGCGACGCAGACAACGGCAUCCAGUACUCGUGGUUGUGGAAACUCGCGAACGUCACCCAGUCCCCCUACAAGUACAUCCCCUCCAACGGCUCCCACACCCUCGAGCUCAUAGAAGGGCCCACCAAGAAGACCAUGUACGUGACCUCCCUCUACUUCACCAUGACCUGUAUGACCUCGGUGGGCUUUGGCAACGUGGCGGCCGAGACGGACAACGAGAAGAUAUUUACCAUUUGUAUGAUGAUAAUUGCAGCGCUCCUCUACGCCACCAUCUUCGGCCACGUCACCACCAUUAUCCAGCAGAUGACCUCGGCGACAGCGAAGUACCACGAGAUGCUGAACAACGUGAGGGAGUUCAUGAAGCUACACGAGGUACCCAAGGCCCUUUCUGAGCGGGUCAUGGACUACGUGGUCUCGACGUGGGCCAUGACUAAGGGCAUCGACACCAACAAGGUAGAAAACGAGGUUCUCAAUUACUGCCCCAAGGAUAUGAAGGCGGAUAUUUGCGUGCAUCUGAAUCGGAAGGUCUUCAAUGAGCACCCCGCCUUCCGCCUCGCCUCGGAUGGGUGUCUCAGAGCGCUGGCCAUGCACUUCACGAUGAGCCACUCGGCGCCAGGGGACUUGCUGUUCCACACGGGGGAGUCGCUGGACACGCUGUGCUUCAUCGUGACGGGCUCGCUCGAGGUGAUCCAGGACGACGAGGUGGUGGCCAUCCUCGGAAAGUGUGACGUCUUCGGGGACACCUUUUGGAAGGACCCGACGGUGGGCCAGAGCGCCGCCAACGUGCGAGCGCUCACCUACUGCGACCUCCACGCCAUCAAGAGGGAGAAGCUGCUGGAGGUGCUGGACUUCUACCACGCCUUCGCCAACUCCUUCGCCCGGAAUCUUGUGCUCACCUACAACCUCCGGCACCGGCUCAUCUUCCGUAAGGUGAGCGACGUGCGGCGGGAGAAGGAGCUGGCGGAGAGGCGCAAACACGAGCCGCAACAGGAGCUUAGCCAUGACCACCUCGUCAGGAAGAUCUUCUCCAGUGCCAACGAGAAAAACUGGAGGUUUCGGAGGGACAAGGGGGGCGGCUCCGGCACCCCCAACAGCGCCUCCUCGGACGUGGUGGGGGGCAGCGGGCGGGACGUGGAGAGGGGGUCGGGGGAGCGCUCGGAUACUGACGUGGUGGGGGCGACUGAUGCUCUGAAGGUGGUGAAGAUGCCCCCAGCGCGCAUGAACAACAUCUGUGAGACAAACGGGCCAAGGAAAUGGAAAAACAUCUUUGGCAGAAACGAAGGUGGCGGCGGCGGCGGGGGCGGCGAGGACGAGGCCUCCACCACCGACGACUGCAACAAGAAAAACCUCAUGCAGGACGGUGUGUUGCGCGGCCUGAGCACCAAACACAACACUAAUCUAUCCAAGACUCUGGGCGUGACCCCUAAGCGUGCGAACACCUCCUCUUCCUCCACCACCACCCCCAGCACAGGCCCCGCCCACAACAACAACCACAACAACAACAACAACAACAACAGUUCCAAGACGGUAGUUAAGAAGGACACGCUGGGCCUGGAUGGCAGCACCAAGUUCAAGCUCAACAAGCUGGACUCGCUGGACUCCGGUGUGGGGCGCGACCACAAGAACAAGCUACAGGACAACGACUCCGGCAACGUGACGGACUACCUGGCGCCCGUGACGCCCGGCGUGACGCCCGCCGACUGCCAGCAGAUCAUCGCCAGCCUCAUGGACUUCAAGGUGGACCUGAAACUGGAGAUGCAGCGCAUGAGCCAGAAGUUGGCCAAGCUGGAGGACAACAUGAACGACGUGGUGUCGCGCAUGAACACCGUGCAGCGCUCCGCCUCGCAGCCAGUCAGCGUCAGGCCGCCCGCCGACGACCACGUCUCGCGGGCGCCGGUGACGGGGCGGCGGGAGAGGACUACCGUGACGGCCGCCGACGGCGCGGGCGACGGCGCCGAGGACCCCAAACAGAGCAUGCCCAAGGUGACGGCCAGCGAGGAGCCGCGCAAGCCCAAGCGGCGGGACAAGAGCCGCACCAAGAGCGCCGCCGCCACGCCGCGCACCUCGCCCACGGACUCCGCGUCGCCGACGGACUCCAUGGUGCGCGGCAUGCUGGAGGACGAGAUCCUGGAGCAGGCGUCCUCGCCGCGCGGCGACCAGCCGCCCCCGCCCGCCACGGCGCCCCCAAAGUCCCGCUCACGGGAAUACCUCUGAGCCGCCAGUACAACCCCGCCCCCCGGGGCCGCGGGGCCUCCCCGACCACGGCAGCACAAGUGAACACCUCGCUGUGACCGCCGGUCCCGGCCACGCCGCGCCGCGCCGCGCCGGCCGUGACGCAGCGCACGCCGCGCCGCGGUGACGUCCCAGGCCGUGCUGCUGCCAAGUAUUCUGUUGACGACGCGGCAGGCAGGCCGAGGCGGGGGGAGGAGCCCCUCGCCGCGGGGCCGGCCGCCCCCCCGGGGCGCCGCUGAGCCGCCGACCUCGCCCAAUAGUGGGAAUUGACCCUUGGUGCUGGCGGACGAGAUUCAGCUCUGCGGCUGCCCCAACCAGCAUGGCAGCUCUCGCCUCCCGGGCUUGGGACGUGUGGGGCCCCGAGGCUCGCCGCGGCGGGGGGCGGGGCCUGGCAAGGGUCCCGCCCCCGCGGCCCGACCCGGCGGGAGGCGGGGACGGCGGCGGCCACAGUCUCAGCAUUUACACAUAAGUACCGUCCCGUUUGUUUUGUACAUAACAAAACAGUGUUUCGUCUAGAACUCAAGAGCGGCGUCGCUCACGAGGUGUGUUGAGUUUCGUCGCAAACUAAUGUAUAUUAUUUGACUUUUGUGCUACAGUGGAAGUUUUCAAUAUUUAUAUUUCUUGUGCUGAUUGUUACUGUUCCAACUGAUCUGUGAUAACACGUCUGUGUAGAUACAAGAGCGUGACGCGGUGUGGCGCCAACCUCCCCCCCUCCCCUGCCCCCUCCCCCCUC